AUGUCCAAUAAAGCUAAUAAUGUUGUAUCUGGCAAACUUUCAAGCCGUGUGCUGAAUAUGAAGUUUAUGAGGCAUGCAGAGCAGGCUGAAGAAGUAAAGAAAGAAGAAGAAUAUGCUAAAAAGUUGGUAGACUCUUCGAAAUGGACGCUUAAUGAAAAUUCUAAAUAUUUGAAAAAUAUACCGAAGCCUAGAAGGGUGGUUUCAUUGGGAUACACAUCAAUACGUGAACUCAAUUCGGUUGAGGAUGAGGCAUCGAACGAAAGUGGAGAAACUUCUGUUAGGUCAUUAAAUGCAGGUAGAAGGGUGUUUGGUACAUUAAAAGAAGCCGAACCCACAGACAAGACAACUGUUCAAGAUAACGAAUUAGAAGAACUGUGGCAAGAACAGGUAAAACCAAAACGGCUGCGGAGUGUCGAAUCUCCACCACAACCAAAAACUAAGAAAAGACGUAAAGAAAAGUAG